AAAGCAAGAGCCCCAACAUGGCCCCUGUAGGAUGACUUUUAAUUCAAGUAGUUUCUUAGUCACGUAAUCAUACGAAGAGUAAUGCACUAUAUGUCAUUACUGUGCUAGUAUCAGACCGCCAGCGUGAAGUGUGCUUAAAUUGUUCGGGAAAACUUUCGAAAUGGAUGAAGAACUUAGUGACAUAAAACGUCAACGUAUUGAAAAGUUGGGCUUCAAACCCCAAAAUGAAACAGUGUUCAAUAAACUGCUACCUUAUGCUGAUUAUCUGGAUGAUUUAUCAGCUAAGAUGUUUGCAGAUAUGAAGGAAAAUCUUGUCAGAGCUGUCAUGAUGAGUGAAGUUCGACCUGGUUGUGUGAUUUGGAGUGCAAGACUUACCGACUAUAUAAAUCUUUUUGGACUGAAGUUUUCUAAAGAGGACCACGUGGCUUUAGUCCAGCUUAUAUUUGAGCUCAUUACGAUUCCUAAACUGGAGCCAGGGUAUGUGGGAAAACUGGCUCAAGCCUUAAUCAAACUUCUGAAAAAGAAGGAACUCCUGUCUCCCAAUGACCUCACGUUACCUUGGAGACCAUUAUACAACUUAUGUGAACGUAUCAUGUCAACAAGUGCCACAGCCAUAGGAAUAUACCGAUAUUACUCGUCCUUGGACAGCACCCUGGAAUCAUUAGUACGCACCGUAAAGCCGUACUUCCCACUGUCGGCGACGAAGGAGAUGUUUGACGAGUGGCGGCCCAUGUUGUGUCCGUUCGAGGUGACUGCCAUCGGCUCCGCGGUCGAGACCAUGGAGUGGUUCCUGCCGGUGACGCUGUCCCCUGAAGACAGUCACCUGGGUUACAAGCUGUGGUUCUCGGAGCUCAUGGCGUUGUGGGAGGCUUGUCACAACUGUGCGGCUUGGGAAGAGAACAUGAUGUGGAUAAUGGCGCGGCUGGCAGAGAAGAACAUCGGCUACAUAGACUGGGAGCCGCACAUGCCCCUGAUGUUCACCAGGUUCCUGCGCAGCUUGUCUCUGCCUGUUUACUACAAGAAAACAUUCACCUUGCGCAAGAGCAAGCUCGACACGUCUGCCAUCGCUCUGUGGAUCGUAUCCACGCUGGGUGGAGGUAGCAGUGCACAAAAGUACCUGGACAAAUUUCUGAAGGAUUUGGAUUCCUACUUCCAUCCGGCAAAUUUUGGGCCUUGGCACGCAAAACUCAAGGAACUUCUACGAAAACUUCCAGUGAGCUUUGUGGGAAGGUUGCAUAGCGAGCGCAUCAAGAAGCUGAGGUGGCAGACCCCUGUCCCGGACAGCCACAAACUGACGGAGGACGACAUCACGCGCUUCGUGGAGUCGAUGGCUCCCGUCGCCAUGCGCGCCAUGUUCUCCCGCCUGGGCAGCACCGACGUCUCGGAGGCCCUGCUCAACCUGGCGAUGCUGCGGCCCGGCCUCAUCGUGCCGCAAGUGGUCGACCGGAUGUACACGAACCUGGGAAGCAUGACGGAGCCGCACAAGCUGACGUCGGCCAUGCAGUGCGUGGUCGCGGUGGCCCGGCCCAUGGUCUGCGGGCAGCGCCUGGGCCACAAGGAGGGCCCCACGCACGUGGUGCCCCUGCUCCUGGCCACGCUGCCCGGGAUAGACCCCAACGACUGCAGGAAGUGUCUUGUCACCCUGCACUUCGUGGCCACGUUCGCCUCCAUGGUGCCUUUCGUGGACUCUUCCAUGGCCCCGCGACACUGGCAGGACCUCACGGAGGAAGAAGAGGUAGUGUGCGCUGCAACCGCUGAUUUCGAAGACUUUGUCUUGCAGUUCCUAGACCGUUGUUUCAUGAUGAUAGAGAACAGCUCGUUUGAAGCUACGCGGCUCGAGCGUGAUGAGGAGAAACGCAGUAAACUUGAAAGUGUGGUUGAGAAUUCACUAUCUUCAACCAUUAACACACUUCUCUCCCAAACCUCUCCUGAAAUAUUUAAGAGUGCUCUGAAGAAACUCCACUCAUUUGUAACAAGUCGAAUUCUGGAGUCAAACGUUGCCGGGCAGUUCUGUGCUUCUGUAUGCCGGGUUUUCGCGAGGGUAAACGGUAAGGAGACGCUGCGGAUGUUAGUUCCUUACUUAUGCGAUACAAUCCUGCCUUUAGUCGAGUCUGAGGAAAGCUUGAAGGAGGAGACUCUGGACAGCGAACUACUGUAUAAACUAUUGAUUCUGUCACAGGUGGUUGGGUGCCCAGGAUCAGCUCUGGUCCCGUACGUUCCUGCGAUCACGAGCGUCUUGGAUCGUACGCUCCACCUCACGUGUCGCAAGGGCUACCUUUCCGCCAGCAGGCUGCUAAAGAACUUGCUGAACGGACUGUCGGAACUGACUCCGAUGGAGUUCCAGAGCCUGCCACGAGCGUUCAGUGAGCCCAUCAGCAAGUACUUGCCCGUCAGGCAUUGGGGCACGUCAGGUGAUAUUGAUAACGUGAACCUCAAGUGGUACAUCCCAGGAGAGGACGAAGUGUCCUGCGUACAGGGUAUAAUAUCCCGGUAUCUCACGAAGGAGCUUGACACUAUCGACAUGUAUGUAAAGGGAGAGCUAUCUCUUACAAGGGAAGAGCUCCAUUGCUCACUGAACAUCAUCCAUUCUCUCCUGGAGUGCAAGUCGUUACUACCUCUGUGGGAGGAGGAACCUAUUCACCUCAUCAGAGGCGAGACUCCGUCCCACCCGUUCAAGUUGCAGUUGCCUCUGUGCGACAAACACGUGGCCAUGCCGGACGGCGGGAACGUUCGGAAGACUGUCGUGCACGCUAUGGACAGACUUCAGGAAAAGAUGCUCAAGGAUGCUGAAGACGAUAUCAAAUCUUUGUUUGUUUUAAUCACGAUCUGGGAGAGCCUGAUGUUCGACAUGCAGUCGGCGAAGGGCUCGUUCGAGAUGCACUGGAAGUCGCACCACACGGUGAAGAAAACCCUCGGCAGCAAGCUGUUCGGCAGGAACAAGCAUCUGCGGCUGCUGCUGAUCGACCGCGCGACCCUCCAGCACGACAUGCUCAACCAGAAGGUGUUGCUGUGGCUGACACCCACGCAUCGCACCAUCCUGCUCGACCUGAUGACGCUGUCGACCAGCCACUACAGUGAGGUGCGAUCUCGAGCUCAGAACAGACUGUUCAACACGUUCAAUAAGUUUUACUAUUCAUACUCAGCGUUGCUCCCAAACAUGUUGGAGAAUUUGAAAAAGGAUUCCAACCAACACCAUGAACUGUUCAAGGGCACGCUGUACGUGCUGCUGGGGCCGAAGCAGCUGCCGGUGGUAACGCGGCGCGACUGGGGCGUGCUGCGGCAGCUGUUCCCCGCGCUGGUGCGCUCCCAUCCGUCCGAGAAGCUGUCCGUCAUCAGGCUGCUGGAGAACAUCAUAGACACGGUGCACAAGCUGCUGCCGACAAUCACCAUAGCCUUGGAGUUUCCUGACGACUGUCUGGCUGCAGCUCGUAGGCUGGCAAGUGUUGGCACUCCUGUUCCUGUCGUCGCGGAGAAGGAUGUCGAGAGAGGCAAAGCCUUGCAGGAAGCCAGGAACAAGCUCAAUACUGAGAACUACCUGGGACUCCUCAACACUUUGCUGGACAUAGUGCAAGAGCAGCAUCUGCAUUGGAGGUUUCACAACAUGGCUAUGAGUUUCAUUCGUGAUUUGGUUCACCCUGACAUCAAUUACCCAGCAAGAAUUGUGAAGUGUAUUUUGUCAACUCUUACUUAUGAUUCUCUUGAGCUUAGGAAGAUAGCGAUCCGCAGCACGAUGUUCGUGCUGAAGCAGCAGAAGCGCGCGCACGCCAAGGUGCCGGUGGACCCUCUGAGCCUGGGCGGGGAGCCGCGGCCGUCGCUGGGCGACCUGCGUCCCGGGGACCGGCCUGACAACCGCUGGGUGCAGUACUGCAGCGACACCCUGCCCCGGAGCGCGGAGUCCUGGGACCAGCUGCGCUACCUGCACAGGCCCUACCACGGCUUCUACACCUGGCCCAAGGAAGUGAAGAUGUAUGCGCCGCCGAGUAAGCAACCAAGUCUUGUGCGCUCCCAUGAAGAGAUGAGCCCGGAGGAGCGAGAAGUGGACUUGUUCUUUUCCAACAGCGAGAACAUUGAUAAACUCAUUGGGUAUUUCUCCCUCGAAGAGAAGAAAGGAAAGGACAAGUUCAACGGUUAUCGCUUUAUAAUGUUCAAGGGAUUGUUCCGUAACUUUGGAGAUCGCCACUUGAAGUACUUCCUGCCUCACUUGGAGCGCCUCGUGGCGGACAAGCACGAGAGCAGCCAGCGGUGUGCGGCCGAGAUUAUCGCAGGUCUGAUCCGCGGCACCAAGCACUGGCCGUUCGAGAUGGUGGCCCGCAUGUGGGAGCAGAUCCUGCCCAUCAUACGCACGGCACAGGCCACCAUGACCGAGGAAACCAUAGGCGACUGGGGCGUGUGCUUUGCCACUGCGUCUGAGGUAAGGGAUCCAAACCGCCAACAUUGGCUGUUAGAAAUGCUUAUGGAGGAUCCACUUCGUGAUGAAGCUUCAAUUAAAGAUUGCGGACGGUUGUACACCUUGCAAGGCGCCCUGAACCAGCAAGAGUGGAGGGUUGCGGAGUUGUUCAACAGACUGCUGGAGUACCUCAAGCCGUACCUGACACAUCCGUUUCAGAAUGUGAGGGAGAGGUUGGGGAGUGUUUUAACCAAUAUCUUUGAGACGGACCUGGUGAUCGGGGAAGGAGCAGGAACCCGCUCCCCUCACAUUGGGCAGUUUAUGUCGGAGAUCACCCCACAGCUGGAAGUUCUCUACCAGCAGGGGCCUGAAGCUGAAAACGGCCGUGCCAACCAUGUGGUGGACAAAGGUGUAGUACAAGAAACAAAAGAGCAGAUAAGUGAAGAGGAGAAGGACAAAGCAAUAAGGUUACUUAAAACAGUGUGCAGGUGGUUCAACGUGAGCCUGACGCGGGCCCAGUACGGUGCGAUACCUGCGCACUACCAGCUGUUUGCGCUCGUCUGCCUGAUGGAGAGCUACGACAAGGACGAGGAGGUCGGCAAGUCGUGCUCCGUGGUUCUCAGCCACCUCAGCCAGGCCAUCAUGCUGCCCCGGUACAUCCCCGCCGCCCUCGACUCUUUCCACAAGACCUCAAAAAGUGUCUCGUGGUGCGCUCGCCUUACUUGCCUUGACUUCAUGCAAGUUAUGGUCUUCCACAACAUGCCGACAUUCCACAGCAGUAGCUCGUGGGUGCAGCAGAUAAGUGAUAUUGUGUUGACUCUGCUGGAGGAUGAUUGGCUGGAAGUGAGGGUGAAGGCUGCUCAGGUCCUCGGAGGCCUUAUUCACUGUGAUUUCAUCAGCAAUCCACUGAGCUUGCUCGAAGUGUGCAAAACUAAGGCGAGAACGAAGCUGAAGAAGAAACUGGUAAAUAGUGCAGUUGUGGAUCCCAAGAGUUAUCAGCUCCUGAAGAUACGUCACGCUGGGAUACUCGGGUUGUGUGCAUUUAUCAAUGCCUACCCGUAUGACGUACCAGAGUUUAUCCUAGACAUAUUUCUGGUCUUGGGAGAGCACCUGAAUGACCCACAACCCAUUCCCUCGACGAUUCGCAAGACGCUGGGCGACUUCAAGCGCACGCACCACGACGACUGGGAGCAGCACAGCCUGCGGUUCACCGAGCAGCAGUUGACCGUCCUCAAGGAUCUCACCAUCCCGCCAUCCUACUAUGCCUGAAGAUACCUGCUUCACACAUCUUACAAUAUCUGAGACACUUUUAAUGCAGUAAUUCUGUUGACACCAAAUAUUAUUUUUCUUAACUCAUCGCUGCUCAGAAGGUAUAACGUUGUUGAUAUUAGCUUAUAUACAUAUAAUGUCCUAAUCUAAGUGAUAAUUGACUAUCACAAUUAUUUUGCACACAAGUUGUUAGAAAAUUGGCUAGCAAGACUAUUUAUUGAAAGUUUGAUAUGUGCUGUUACUGUUUCAUGGCCAUGCUAUGGCUUUUUUCACAUAAUAGUAUUUUUAUAUCAGAUUGAAAUUGUUGUAAAUUACCAAACAAACUGACAUUUAUGACACGUAGCACCAUUAUAGUAAUUUAAUUUGAAAUUGGCGUACUAUUGGUGCAUUAUGAAAUAGUUUUUUAUUACUGUUUUACUUAAGUAAGUUUUUUAUAUAAAUAAUAGUCAGGUAUAUAUUAUUUACAGGUUAAUAUUGUUAAAACUAGCCAAUUGUGCAGUGUUUACUGUGCCUAAAAGACAUUUUUCACAUUUUUUUUUUAAAUGUUUCGUAAAAUUUAAUUAGUUCAUGCAUAUAAAAAUGUUACAUACUAAAAUGCAACUACAAUUUUUAUUUUAAUAUUUAUACUUUACGAAAUGCAUUGUGAGCAAAUGAAAUUUCUGCCCGUGUAGAGUACAAGUGUCAUCGAUACUGUGUAAAAUCGAUAGUAUCAAUGUCAAUUAUAGAUCUAAAUCCUCGAUACUUACAGUAGGCUAUACUGGAAGAAUUGUAAAGCUUAUGCCUACACCAGCUAGCAAGGAAGUUGUUGGCAUUUCGCCAGCUACUUUCGAUCUUGAAUGAUUAUUAUGCAGUUUGACUCGUUGCAAAGAUCAUCUUUUUUUCACAAUAUAAAUCUACAAACCAUGUGAAAUCAAAAAAUGGUUUUUACCUCAUUUUAUCGCUGUUAUUUUUGUCGUACAAAUCAUAUUUGUAUGAAUAAUAGGUAAGGUAAGUGCACCGGUACUCGUCACUGCUCCAAUGGUCAUCACUAGCAACUUCAAAUGUAAAUAAUAGAGAAGUAGCUCAAUAUAUCGCCAACUUAAGUAUUGACAAAAAUUUGGUCGACGUUCUAGCUGAAAUUACCACAAUAGUUUUCGGAACAAACACUAUUUUCAAUCAAAAAAAGUCCGUGCAUCAAAAGUUCGUAGAGCAGUGAAGAUAAAUAGGGGAAUUCCUAUACUAAAACACUAAGGACGUUAGUGCACAUUUUUACUUCUAAUUCUGUAAUUUUUCAUGUUUAUUCAUGAUGUUUUGUGCUGAAUGUGUUAGUUAAAUGUUCUUGAAGAGGUGAAAGUGUUUAUUUAAAAAAAUUCGUUUUCUUUGUAUGAUUUAGUUAGGGUGACGAAAACUGGAUCAAUAAAAACCUUGUAUUGCUAGUGUUCGUCAUACCUGACGAGCACUGGUACAUUUAAUAUUUUAUUUAAAGUUGUGCUAAGUUACACCCUAAAGUUCUUAAAUAAUAUUGGUUCUUUGUUGUUAAUAGACAAAGUAAGUUAUUAUGAUCAGAUCCAGUAGUUGUCACCUAUGACGACUUCCGAUGCAUGUGUAUGACGACUUCUGGGUCGGAAAUUACUUUACUUUAUUGAUUGCAGAAAUUGUGUAGGCAUUGUUGUUUACAUUAAUUUAGGGGUCAUUCGAUAUAUAUUUUGACAUUAAUAAGUAAAUUAAACAUUGUAAUGUGUCUCGUUCUUUAAUUACAGGGCAAAAUGCCAAAACGGAAAAUACUGUUGUAUGAAGAGUCAGCCAUGGAAGCUGCUCUUAAAGAUGUAGCGAAUGGUAUGAGUAUAAAAUGAGCAGCGGAAAAAAAUAGUGUGCCAAGGAACACAUUGUCCGAUAAACACAAAGGCAAAUCGCCCUUGGGUAGGAAGAUGGGCCCUGAUUCAUUUUUAAAUUUUACUUGUGAUACUGCAUAACAUGCUAUGUUAUGUUAUGUUGCAGCAACGAAUCGAGUCGUAUUGCGUACGCGUACAGUAUGACGUCGCGUAAAUAAUAAUAAAUAGAAUAUAAACAAUUAACAAUAUUUGAUAAUUAAACCGUUUUUGUUAACCAAGAAACAAUUAAAUCUCAUUAGAGCGGCUUUAUUAUAUCUCUUUUAAGAUAAGAACAAAAAAAAACGUGAAAAUACGCGAUAGUGAAAAACAAAAACAUACAUAUUUCUAAUUUGUAAAAAAAUACUUUGUUACGUUGUUUCUGUUCCAAUCUCAAACUUUGUCUACACACAUAAUACCUUUAAUAAACAGUAAAAAAACUUAGACGAGGAAUUUCCAAAUUAUACUUUAUUAAUAAACAAACAUCGUUCUUUGUAACGUACAAACAUCGUUCUUUGUAACGUAAAUUCAUCGAAUAUGCGCGCGCAUGCGUAAAAUAUACGAGAAAUGCGAGUAACAAAAUACAGCCGUGUGUAACGUUUCGUUACUCGUUACUAGACGGCACACCCGUUACUCAGUAACGAAUACAUACGGUUUGCUACAGCUCUAAUAUUUUCAUGUUAGUUGUGCUGUCCCUCUUUGUUCCGUGAGUGCUGUAAGUAAAUUCAAAAUUUAAUGAGGAUUAUUCAUUAUAUUACUGAACGAUCUUUAUGAAAUGCCAUUUUGAUGUUUAAAAUAUAGUACCAAAUAAAAUUUGAAGCCCAAAUAGUACAAUACUAUCAUUCUGGAUCCAUGAAUUAAAACUAAUGCAGCCGAAAUCGCACAUGACGACUACUGGCACAAACAUGUGACGAACACUGGCAAACACGAAAAUUUGCAUGACGACUACUGGCUCGAAAUCACACUUUUUUCAAAAUUAUAAAUCUACAAAAAUAAUUUGUGUUUAUCGAAGAGUGUUGGAUAGCAUUGUAGAGUAAAGUUUGAGGUUAAAAACAAACAUGUAGGGGCAGUAAUACACCUACGAGGUUGUGUACACAAUUUUUUUUUUCUAAAACUCUUCUUAGCAUGACGACUACUGGUACAUUUACCUUACCUAAUUUUUUAUUAUGGUGUAAGGAUUUUAUUAAAAAUGUUUGAAAACAUUAAAAAAGAUUGUGUUUUUUUUAUUAAUUGUUAAUUUAUAAUAAACAAUAACAUACAUACAUACAUUGUUUUUCUAAAAGCAUCAGUAUCAAGUACCUAGCUUAAAACAGAAUCAAAAAUUGAGUGUUAAAAUUUUUUUAAUGUCCUUACUUUGAUUUUUUGUACAUUGUGACAUAAUAUUUUAAUAAUUUAUUACAUUUUUUUUUGAAAAGUACAAGUUUAAGAUACUCGAAUUAUGUAUAUGUACUAGUUGUGCAAAAUAGAUAUACAUGUUUUCAUUCAUAUUAUCUGCUAUUUCUUGCAGGAAGUUUGGAAUCUAAACACACAGUAAGUCAUUAAUGAUGUAAAACCAAAAAUGUUAAUAUUCAGAAUUGCAUCUAUCUCUUACUGGAGACACAGGACUUUGGUAGUUCAGACUGUUAGGUCAUACACAACAUGUGUACAAAAGAAACCGCCUGUGUAUACUUGGAAUAUUAAACUGGUAUUAAGAUUUUAGUGUAUUGAUGAAAUGUAUAAAAUUAAGUAUUAAAUUGUGUGAAGUUUGCUUCUUUGCUCUUUGGCACAGUUUUUUCAUAUUUGCGAACUUUCCCUGACUCAGUAUGUUUAAGUAGAAUUGUACCUAUGUCAUUUAAGUGAACAAUUAAUUUUACCAUCAAAAUCUAAGUUUUAUGCAUUCUAAAAUGCUCUCCGACUCAUGAAGCAAACAGUGUUUAAUUUUCUGAUGAAAUAAUCAUAAUUUUCACUGUAGAUCUGCAAUUUAAAGUUUUGGAUCAUAUUUUUUAACUUUAAGAUUCAGUCUUACACACCAUGUUAUAUUUUUUGUUUUUUGCUUAUUCCAAAAUUUUAUGAAGAAUUAUUUAGAAAAGUGAACUAGAGAAAUUAAAUUGUUUAUAUUUCCCUUCUUUGGAAAUAACUUUUAGUGACCACAAUUUUUGAGCAAAAAUUAUACUAGUUAUGAUUUUUUGUGAAACAUUGUACGGUUUGCAGAUUACCUCUAGAAAAUAUCCGAUGAUAUGAUUAGAAAUAAGCCAAAUAGACAGUGUUUAUUUUAUAAAAAAUCUGUAGGAUUGGCCGUACAACAAUGGGAGAGGCUGCACCAUGAGAGGAAAAAUUCAGUACCAUUUUAUCUUGUUUACUCACAACUUUUUUUUAUGGCUCCAUAAAUGUUUACUUAGAAUAAUGAAUAUUAUAGUAUUCAAAUUUUAAGCCAGUGUUGGAAAAUUCAUUUAAAAAAUUAACAGUGCAAUUUAUUAUUGACCAAACAAUUUUGUAUGUUUCAAAUACUCUGACAAGUCCACUGAUACCACAAAUGUUGAAUUUUAUUCAAGUGUAGGAAAUCAGGCAGUUUAUCCAUCUUUAAAGUUUGUCUUUGUAAAUAAAUUUUAGCAAAUUAGAUUGGCUAAUCCUGAGCUAUUAUUGGAAACGUGUGCAUACGAUGGAACCAGUUUACUUCAUCUUUAGAAUGCUACCAAGUCCACCAAGCAGACUGAACAAAAAAUUAAAUAUUUUUUUAUUUACUUAAAAUUUAAAUUAAUUGGUAGCAUGUGAAUUUCCAGAGCUAUACUUUUUCAGUUCUAGUGUUAAUUUUAUAUUUUCUAUGUAUGGAAUCAAUAAUUUAUGAAAGAAUUGUAAUUAUUAUAGAUUAAAAACUUUCACAGAUAAGUUGUUAUAUUUUGCUUACUUCAGAAACAUAAUAUAACACAUCACAGUGGAAGUCUGAUGUAACUUGGAGAAAUAUUAUUAAAAGUAUUUAUAAAAUUAAUUUUAUAACUUUUGCGGUACGUAUUUAAAAACAAAAAUACAAUAUUUGUCAAAAAUUAUUUUUUUUAUUUCAAUGAUAAUCUGUUGUUUAUAUUUUAUUUCAUUUAUUUAUUUUCAAGUUAUUAAGAUUUAAGUACUAAUUCGUGCAAACAAACUUUUAAAAUUAUUCUACUUUUCAUUAGAAAGUAUUUAACUAUGUUGCACUGUAAAAUAAAAAUUUAUUAAAAGGAUUUUUUUUUCUUUUAGACCUUGUUUAUUUAGGGUUAAUUCUUUUAAACAAUUUCGUAAUUAUGUUAAGGGUGAGACAUUUCAAAUUAAAAAAAAAUUUUUUAGUAACAUUUUAACUAGUUUUUGUAGUAUUUUAUCCCUGUGCUUUGUCUUAAACUAAAGGUUAAAGGUUACAACUUAACAUAAUAUAAUAACACCAUUGGAUUUGCUUUAUAGUCCAACUUUAAUUUUUUUUUAGUUUCCACAAUUGUUUAGUGCAGCAAAAAAACUACAUGAACCAUUUCACUAAUUACAUUUUAUGAACAUAUUUUGGCCAUUUUACCAGUGUUAAAAUUGGUGAAUACAGUUUUAACUAAACCUACCAUUCCAACAAACAUGUAUCAAACAAUAUUUUCAAGGUUAUUUGUCAUGUGUGAAACCCCACAAAUAUUCUCAAAAAAGUGAAAAAGAUCACCACAUAAAAAUAAAUUAAUAAUGUCUGUCUCCUUUAUAUGAAAUUAAGAAGCUUUUUUUUCCUGUAAAUUUUAAUACUGAUAACAGCAGUAGCGGAUCCAGAGUGGGGGCUAAGGGGCUCAAGCCCCCUUCAAAAGCAUCUGGGUCCACUAUUGUUUUAGUGUUUGCCUUGAUAAAGCCUAGCCUCAGCUGGGUCAAGCCCCUCCCAAACCAAAAUCCUGGAUCUGCCACUGGAUAACAGUGAUCACCUGCUGUUAGCUAUUCCAUUCUAUUUCGAGUUUGCACUUAUCCAUUUGAGUAUUGAAUAUUAUACUAUUAAGUAGCAAGAUAUCAGCUAUUUUAAUCCUAAGGUGAUUCAGGGUUUAGUGUGUAUUAAUUAGUGACAGCCAUUAGUUAGGUUUGGCACACUAAAAAAAAGUGCAUCAUAGUUGUGUUGUUAUUUCACCGAUCAAAUGCACAUGAAAUGAACAGAUUUCCUCUUGAAUAUCAUGUUCAGCCGAAGGCACGCUUUUAGACUGACUAGAUCGCUUGUUGAUGCUCAACAGCAUAGCAUAUUUAUUGUAAUUAAUAGAAAAAUUUGUUUUUACUUUAGUAAUGAGGUCAUAAAUCAAUGGUGACAAAAAAAUAAAUAAACCAAAAACUAAAACCUCGGUCUUCUUGACCUUUAAACAAAUAUAAACUUUUUAACUCUGAAUUAAAAUUCUUAUUUUACAAAGAAGACAGUUAAUACUCACUUCAGACUUCCACUGUUUAUGGUACAGAUGAAUUGUAAAAUAUUGACAAUAAAAUACAUGAAAUCUGCAAAACUAUUAAUUAUGUACCUGUAAUAUUGUGUUGUGAUUUCAUACUUUUUAUGAAAUAUGUAUUUAUAGGCUUUAAUAUUUAAACUGAUAAAUAAGUAUGUGAUGUCUAUGAUGAUGUGUGUUUGUGUUCGUAUUUAAGUCCUAAAUUUAAGCGGUUGGGCACUUGUAUAUUUAGAAAGUGGUUGAUAAUGAUAAUCGAAUUGGCCAUUGUACUUUUGUGAACACUAUUAUAAAAAAUUUUCUAAAAUAUUGCCAAUGUUUUUCUUAAAUAUUACUUAAGAAAUUUUGUGUAUAAUAUUUUAUUUAGAUUUUUUUGUGCCACUGUACAUUAAAUUUAUAGAAUGAAAAUCGUAGUUAUUUUUGUUCAUCAUUAAAUCUAAAAGUGCAACUAUGGUUUAACAGGCUGGUGAAGGUUACUUGCAAUUUGAAUGGAAACAAAUAUGAUAUUACAAGAAAGUGCAGUUUUUGUGUUGAACAUUAGGAGUACUGAAAAUCAUAUUAUAAUCAUUAAUAAAUAAAUUUUCUUAUUGUUCAGCAUUUAAACAGCAUGAAAAAUUGUGUCAUUUUGUUUUUUACUGCUACUAGCUUUUCUGUUAUGCUCUUGACUGUUAACAGCAAUAGUGUUUUUCCAUCAUUGCAUAAGUUUAUAAAUGCAGCUGAAUCAAAUAAAAAAUUUUAAAAUUUGUAUCACAUGCUCAGUUUUCAUGCCUUUAACAUAAUUUCCUCAUACAUCUUUCUUUGUAGGAACUUCUAACAUACACUCAAACAUAGUUAUAAAAUGUGUAUCCUAUCUGCUAGAGAGCACCAGUAAACUACAUUGUGGAACAGUAUCACUGAAGUUUCGCUAAUGUUAAUGAUUGCAGUAUUUUCAACAUCUCGUUUUACUGUAGAGAAAAAGUAAGGCUAAUUUAUCCAACUGAUUGUGUAUAGAAACAGUCGCAUACUGAAGAACCCUGUUAUGUUUUUCAAGGGGGCAUAAGGUAAAAACAUAAGCAGGAAGUAUCUAUUUAGCACUUAUAAGUGUUUGAACCUUUUCCAAUUGACUCAUCAAGCUUUUUAAACAAGUUUAAAUUUAAAAACCACUGAUGGAUACACUUGAAAUUGGAAUUUGUUUAAGCAAGCCAACAAUUUUUCAACUUCAUUGUGCUUCCAGCUAUUUGAAAUUUUUUUCCUUCAAGGUAAGGGUGCCAACUAACACGUAAUUACGAAUGUUAUGUACCUUCGAUAUAUCUAGUACACAGCACUAACAUGUAGCACUAGUGUUCUAGUACACUUAUGUUUUGCUUUUUCAUACAAUCCUAUUUGAACAAUCUACAUCUAUGGUACAGAAGUGAUUGUAAAAUAAAAUGCACUUAAAGUAAACCUUUUAACCUGUUAAAUUUCACAGAGGGUGUGUUUUUAAAACUUUUUUUUUUUUGCAGUUAUUGAAAUUUAUGAAGCAAACAUUAUAAGCAGGAAAUGCAGUAUUUGUGAAACCUUAUAUGCAGAAAAAUGUUGGGAUUUUAAAAAUAUGAUGUUAUAAGUAGGAAAACAUAAGCAGGAAUAUUAUAACAGUGUUAUACUGUAUCUAAUUCGAAGUUUCAUGAAUUUGGCUGCAAAAUAUGUUUUUAAAACUCUCUGGCAUCUUCAUAUAAAUUCAGAUAAUAUUUAUGGAAUCUUUUAAAAGUGUACCAGUAGUUAUUUUCUGUCUGAAUCAACGCUGUCUACCAUAGCUAUGUUUAUACCAUGCACCGAUUUCAAUACAGAAUUUUAGUGCAAGAUUGCCAUCAGUGUUGUUUCUAAAUCC